UCUCCGACGACCUCAGCUCCAAUUGCUCCAAUCCUCGCCCCGAGAUGAGACCGUUCAUUCUGCUUUCUUCACAAUUGCGGGCUGCGCUGCCCCGGAGCACCCGGCGUACUCUCAACAGCAAGCUAUUUGCGCGGCUGAAGACCACAGAUCCUUUCAUCAGAAAACCAGCGGAGCCUUGGCGCAAUCCAUUUGUGAACAAAGAGCCCGACCCGAACAGCUAUGCGUAUGGAAAGCUUAUUGCGCGAAAAGGACCUCCCGAGCUGAUUCUCAUCUACAAUGGUGGGGCCAGUAAGGCCAUGUUUCUGGCGGUACUGAAGAUCACCGGGAUUUUGCUGUACGGAGCAACGAUCGCCUUCGUCGUACCUGAACUCUACAGUGGGGAGUACCCUGAGUGGUAUCUCCCGGCAGCUCUCACCGUCGGUGCAAUCCCUAUGUUGUUCAUGACCUAUAACGGGGCUACCUGGGUCUGCUAUGUUCACCUCUUCCUCCCCAUGUUUGCACGACAGUCUCGACAGGCAGCGGAGGAUUAUGCAAGAAACCUUCCGCCCACAGCUAGGCUGUACAUCACCACCAUGGGAUUCUCAACUAGACCUAUCCGGACUGAAGUACAAAUGAAGAACCUUGUGCCUGACUUUACACUACGGCGCCCGGUGACUUUCAGAAACGUGGCCCCCGAAGCCAACACACGGUUUCUGUCUCGGGGGAUGAAUGAAUUUUGGACGGCACCCAAAAGCCAACGAGGGAAACAGUCCACUGCCUUCUAUCCUCAUUUGUGGCCCAGUGUGUUUAGACAAAUCCAGGAAAAAGAUGUAUAAUGCAGUCAAAGAUACCCGGCGCGGCGUUUGGGGAGUUGAGAGUGAGCUGAGAGUGAGAGCGUGGGAACAGGAUUCACUGAUGAAUUGAAAUGGGGACUACAAAUUGACAUUAGGUUGAGAUCAUCUAGAGGAUCUAAAAUCCAGGAACCUACCCCUGAUCUUGCUUUUGUGGACCAACAGAGACGGAAGUUCUUCGAUUCACUCUCCUCUCAGCCUGUGUUAUGUCUCAGUUUGUUCUAAACCGUGCCCCCGCAACCAUACUUUGACGCAUCAGAGCUGUACUUCACGUCUGCAGAG